AUGGCCCUUCAAUAUCCUCCAUCCUAUUCCUCACUCCCCCGACUCAUCAUCAUUCUUUGCUUCUUCAUCAUUCUGUAUUUCCCUUUUUGUUCAACAUCAUCGUCAUUUCAUGUCUCUUCUACAUCUGCUUUUGCUUCUACCACUUCUUUGAUUAUUGAGCAAGAAAAAGAAGCACUUGCUCUUCUAACAUGGAAAUCCAGCCUUCAUAUUCGAUCACAAUCUUUCCUCUCUUCUUGGUCUGGAGUUUCCCCAUGCAAUAAUUGGUUUGGAGUUACUUGCCACAAGUCAAAAAGUGUCUCCAGUUUAAACCUUGAAAGUUGUGGUCUAAGAGGUACGCUCUACAAUCUCAAUUUCUUAUCACUCCCCAAUCUUGUCACUCUUGAUCUUUAUAACAACUCGUUCUAUGGAAUCAUUCCCACCCACAUUAGUAAUCUUUCCAAAUUUAUCACCAUCCUUGACUUGGCAACUAAUAAACUCAGUGGCCCCAUUCCUCAAGAAAUUGAUAAUCUCAUACAUUUGAAAUCCUUGCACUUAGAAGAGAACAAUUUUACUGGCCAUUUACCUCAACAAAUGUGUCUAGGUGGAGCACUUGAAAAUUUUACAGCCAUGGGGAACCAUUUUACCGGUCCUAUUCCAAUGAGCUUGAGAAAUUGCACUAGCUUAUUUAGAGUUCGGCUUGAAAGAAACCAACUCGAAGGAAACAUAACUGAAGUUUUUGGCGUAUACCCAAACUUGAAUUUUAUGGAUUUGAGUUCCAACAAUUUGUAUGGUGAGCUUUCUCAUAAAUGGGGGCAAUGUGGUAGCCUAACAAGCCUGAACAUAUCCCACAAUAAUUUGUCUGGUAUCAUACCACCUCAACUUGGGGAAGCAAUUCAACUGCAUCGACUUGAUCUCUCUUCAAAUCAUCUGCUCGGGAAGAUCCCUAGAGAAUUGGGUAAGCUAACAUCAAUGUUCCAUUUGGUGUUAAGCAACAACCAACUUUCAGGCAACAUUCCUUUGGAGGUGGGAAAUCUUUUUAAUCUUGAACAUCUUAGCUUGACAUCAAACAACUUAAGUGGCUCAAUCCCUAAACAACUAGGAAUGCUUUCCAAACUAUUCUUUCUCAACUUGAGCAAGAAUAAAUUUGGGGAAAGCAUUCCUGAUGAGAUUGGGAACAUGCAUUCCCUUCAAAAUCUCGAUCUCAGUCAAAACAUGCUGAAUGGGAAGAUACCACAGCAGCUUGGAGAACUACAACGCUUAGAAACAUUGAAUCUCUCCCACAAUGAACUCUCUGGUUCCAUCCCAUCCACUUUCGAAGAUAUGUUGAGUUUGACAUCUGUUGAUAUAUCUUCUAAUCAGUUGGAGGGACCUCUCCCUGACAUCAAAGCCUUUCAGGAGGCUCCAUUUGAGGCAUUCAUGAGCAAUGGUGGUUUAUGUGGCAAUGCCACUGGUCUGAAGCCCUGUAUCCCAUUCACACAGAAGAAGAACAAAAGGUCUAUGAUUUUGAUUAUCUCCAGCACCGUAUUUCUUCUAUGCAUUUCCAUGGGAAUUUAUUUUACACUUUACUGGAGAGCAAGGAACAGAAAAGGCAAGUCCAGUGAAACACCAUGUGAAGAUCUAUUUGCAAUAUGGGACCAUGAUGGAGGGAUAUUGUAUCAAGAUAUCAUUGAGGUGACUGAGGAAUUCAACUCUAAAUAUUGUAUUGGGAGUGGAGGACAGGGCACAGUUUAUAAGGCUGAGCUGCCAACUGGUCGGGUUGUUGCUGUGAAAAAGCUUCACCCACCACAAGAUGGUGAGAUGAGUAGUUUGAAAGCUUUUACAAGUGAAAUUCGGGCCUUAACAGAAAUUCGACAUCGAAACAUUGUGAAGUUUUAUGGCUAUUGCUCACAUGCAAGGCACUCGUUUUUGGUCUAUAAGCUGAUGGAAAAGGGAAGCCUAAGAAACAUUCUAAGCAACGAGGAAGAAGCAAUUGGGUUGGAUUGGAUUAGGAGGCUAAAUAUUGUGAAAGGUGUGGCGGAGGCAUUAUCUUAUAUGCAUCAUGAUUGUUCACCCCCUAUAAUUCACAGGGACAUAUCCAGUAACAAUGUUUUAUUGGACUCUGAAUAUGAGGCUCAUGUAUCGGACUUCGGCACAGCAAGGCUUUUAAAGCCAGACUCAUCAUCCAAUUGGACCUCAUUCGCAGGCACCUUUGGGUAUAGUGCUCCAGAGCUUGCUUACACCACCCAGGUGAAUAAUAAAACUGAUGUUUAUAGCUAUGGGGUGGUGACAUUGGAAGUAAUUAUGGGUAAACAUCCUGGUGAUCUCAUCUCAUCCCUGUCAUCAGCAUCAUCAUCGUCAUCAGUCACAGCAGUGGCUGAUUCUUUGUUGUUGAAGGAUGCGAUAGACCAACGCCUCUCACCUCCCAUACAUCAAAUCAGUGAGGAAGUUGCAUUUGCUGUGAAGCUAGCAUUUGCGUGCCAGCAUGUUAACCCCCAUUGUCGGCCAACCAUGAGGCAAGUUUCUCAGGCACUAUCAAGUCAGAAGCCACCUUUGCAAAAACCAUUCCCCAUUAUUACAUUGAGAGAGCUGUUUCAGGGGUGAUCAUCCGGAAGCUCUCUGGUAGGUGGUCAAUAUGGAAAACCUCUGCUCUCUUCUACUUUUUCGGCCUUGAUUGCGCUCAUGCAAGUGAAUCUCUGUAAUUUCAUCGCUUUUCAAUCUUUGGUUCCUUAAAAAUAUUCUUGAGGAUCUAUUUUGUUUUAAAUGACGUUAUCAGAGACAAUGCCAUCUUACUUGUAUUACUGUCCUU